AUGUCUAACUCAAAUGCUGCAAGUGAUCCUCUGUAUUACGAUGUCAGUCCCGUAUACGAACGUUAUACACGUUUAUUUCUUUUUGUUUCCGGCUUAGUGUGUUUAGGAUCAAUCAUAUGUGCAAUUGUAAAGGCUCAUGAUGAAAAAAAAUUUUAUAUUAUUAUAAUUAGUUUAGUUUCAUCAAUAUUUUUUGUUGUAUGUAUUUAUCUAUUUUUUAAACGACGAAUUCUUCUAGCUGAAAAACUUUGGUUUGUUAAUUUAACGAUAUGUAUCUUAUUUUUACAAGCAUUAAUUUAUUUAAUAUUCGUUCUUAUUAAACCCUAUCCUAUUGCUUUGACAACAACAACAGCAACAACGUUAACAUCAACUGAUUCAACAACAUCUGGCAAUACAACUAAUAUGACUAAUAUAACAUCGACAACUACCACAUCAUCAGCCAUGCGACAAUCGUGGGAAAAACAAUUGUUUUUAACUAAACUAUAUGAACUUGCUGAAGAAAAUUGA